AUGAAGACAGGACAUUUUGAAAUGGUCACCAUGCUGCUGUCAGCUAUGAUUCUUAUGGAAAUCUUCCAGGUGAAGGCUGAAAUGUUAGACAUGGCAGAUGAUGCAUUUGAUGAUGAAUACCAGAAAUGUAGUGACAGAAUGGAAAUCAAAUAUGUUCCCCAACUGCUCAAGGAAGAAAAAGCAAACCACCAGCCCUUAGAGGCUGUGUGGGAAAAUGCAAAAGCCAAAUGGGAAGCUGAGAAGCCUCAGAUCUUUCUACCUAUGAGUUUUAAGGAUAACCAUGGAAUAGCCCUGACGGCAUAUAUUUCUGAAGCUCAAGAGCAAACUCCCUUUUACCACCUGUUCAAUGAAGCUGUGAAGAUGGCUGGCCAAUCUCGAAAAGAUUAUAUUUAUGGCUUCCAGUUUAAAGCUUUUCAUUUUUACCUGACAAAAGCCCUGCAGUUGCUGAGAAGACCUUGUGAGGACAGUUACAAAAAUGUGGUGUACAGCACAAGCCAGGGCACUUCCUUUACCUUUGGAGGCCUAAAUCAAGCCAGAUUUGGCCAUUUCACCUUGGCAUAUUCAGCCAAACCUCAAGCUGCAAGUGACCAACACGUUCUGUUAACCAUCCACACGUGCUUUGGAGUUGCCGUUGAAAAAUUUUUUGUUAAAGAAAGUGGAAGUGAAAGAGUUAUUUUAAUACCUCUGAAUGAGGUUUUUCAUGUGUCACAGGAUGGGACUAGCAAUAACCUUAUCCUUCAAAGCACAAACAAGACCUGCAGCCAUUACGAGUGUGCAUUUCUAGGAGGACUAAAAACUGCAAAUUGUGUUGAGAACAUGGAAUAUUUUCAACCCAUCUCCAUUUCUUUUUAUAACAUAGGUGAUAAAAACCAGAAGCUCGAAGACCCUGGAAUGAAAAGCCAGGAGUCCACUGUCUUACCUGUUACGAAGAGCCAUGAACCGAUCCAGAUACCUGAAUAUGAAAGUCAAGAAGAAAUCAACAAUCCUACUCCAGGUCCAGUUCCAGGUCCAGUUCCAGGUCCCAAAGUCCGUCCCUCUGAAUCUUCUGGCAAAAUGCUCCUUCCAUCGUUUGGGACAUUCAUCAUUUUAAUCAGUGCUUCUGUCUUAUAUCUUUGUUGCUCUGUAGUCUGAUACAUUUAUUACUUGAAAUACACUACAGGGAUUCCAUAGGAAAUCAUCAAAAGGAAUGAUGUAUUUGUCACUUAUUGGCCAAAGUCAGUUAAUAAAAUAAGAACCGCAUAUGUUGUUCACUUUGCAAAUUCAGAAAGUUGGACCAGAUGUCAUAGAAUCAUUUUCACUUAUUUGUAUAUAAACCUUAUGACUGCAGAAAACCUGUAUACUUCUGAUUGAAUUCAAUAAAAGACUUUAAGAUUAUUAGAUGUCAGUAGAAUUGCCAGAUAUUAAAAUAUGAAUUCUUGAAUUAGCAUUUUAAAGAUACUCAUCUUUGAAGGAUUAGACUUUGACUUCAAAUAGUAUCACCCCUCAAUAUAUGAACAUUAUUUCUAUAAACGUAACAGUUUCACAUACAGUCUCUAACUUGAAUCUCAUGUUAACCCAGAAAAGUAGACAGUACUCUAUAUGUAUGCUAUAUAAGUAAGGGAAAAUGAAGUUAUACAGUAUAGGACCAUUUUCCCCAAGGUACUGUGGUAGUUGAAUGGAGACUUGGAUAUGGGGCUUUGGUAACUGACAGUUGUUUAUAUUUCGCCAGUGUUUCAAAAAGGAUUUAAGACCAUUUCAAAGAUAUUACAUAAAACUGCAUAAAAUCCAAACUAGGUGUUAGGGGGGUUCAGUGUGCUUUCACUCCACCAUUUACCUCUCUCCACGUUCAGAAUUUUGAGUGGACUAUCUACAAGAACCGUUAGCCAGUUGAAGACUAAACACAGAACUUCUGUAAAUUGUGCUGGAGAACACAACUUAGUGCUGAGGCCAAAGUGGACCUUGUCUCCUCUUCCUCGCCCAGACCUAGAACCUGGUUACCGCUUGCUUGGAACAUACCUUUAGUACAGAUCAAAUUGUUAUCUGACCAGCUACAUUAAGGACCACAGGCCUGCCUUACACAUGCGGUUAAGUCACCAGCGGGAUUGAAACCGAGGCGGCCCACUGGGUCUGUCUUUAAAAGGCAGACCUUUGGCCCUAUGUAAGGGUAUUUAUCUUGUGAAAUUAGGGGCCUAACAAUAUCAGAACACAGAAAAUGAAAAGCUAGAGAAGUGAAAAUGGCAUGCAUGAGAGUGAUCCAUCCACUAGGGAGUGUAGCUCAGUGAGGAACAAUGCUCAUCAGAUCAGCAACUUUUCCUACCAUAAGAGGGUGCACAGGGGGACAGAAACUCCCUCCAAAGUCGGCUCUGAGGAUGAGGAUGGGAGUGUCUAUCUUCUGGUCUAAGAAGAAAAAGAAUUUGUCUUCCAACACUGUCGGAAUUGCUAAUGAGUAGGAAAGUGUGAUGAAAGAGGGUGGUAUUAGAGUAGUAGUAAUAAGUUUGCAUGCUAUAAACUUGGCAAAAGUGGCUGCAAACUUCUAGCAGCAAUCUGGAAAUCAUCGGUUUUAAAGAUCCCAGUCUUCUACACAACUACCUAGUCUGCAGCUGGACAGAAAUUCUUUAGUGGGAUCUGAGGAUGGCCUCUGUAUAUACAGUGCAGCACAUUCUUCACUGUCCUCAUAAUUAGCACAGUGGCAAGAUUCAUGCCAAUGCAUCACACAGAAAUGAAAAGUUUAAAGCAUUUCUAAGAGGAACCAACAUAAUGCAGCCUGGGUAUGCAAUCUGCAGUCAGAACAAUUGUUUAAAAUUAUCUGGUUGUGAAUGACUAUGUCACAUUAUGAUGUCUAAUUCAGAUUUUCUUGUAUUUUUAGAUACUAAUGACGUAUUAGAGAAUUCUUUAUCCUAGAUGAUACCUGAAGUACGUUUAUUUCCCACGUCAAAUAUUAUCAGCAUUGAUAGUUUCCUCAGGAGGGAAAAAUCAGACUUAAAACAAGGAAAGAUUAAAAUUCUUAAAUUGUGAUUAUAAUUUAAUACUUGUGUAGACAUGGUCAUUCUCCCAGAACCAAAUGAAGCAGACAGAAUUAUAUAAAAGUAAUUAAAAUGAAUUUUUUAUUUUUAGAAAUAAGGUUUAA